UAUUGUAGCUGUUGAUGGGGAUAUAAUACGAUAAUGAUAAUGAAAUAACAAGUUGAAAUUAUUGUAGGCAGUUGAACAAGUAUUACGUUUGGAUAGUAAUACGCCACGCGCAAUCGUACAACAAAAAAGAGAGAGAGUUCAACCAACAACACACAACAAAAUAUAUAUUUAUUUUUUUUUUUGUUAUAAAUUCAUUUCCAAACGUUUCAGUUUGUCAAGAAGAUAUGGGUGAUACAUUGGGCCCAAUUUAUAUGGGUCUAGAUCUCAGCACACAACAGCUUAAAGCAGUGGUUGUUGAUGAAAAAUUAAAUAUAUUACAAGAAGAAAAUGUACAAUUUGACAAUGAUCUACCAGAAUUUAGAACUUAUGGUGGAGUUAUACAAAAAAAAGAAUUACCAAAUGUCGUUCAGGCACCGUGUUUGAUGUGGGUCAAGGCUUUGGAUAUGUUGCUGGACAAGUUGAGAGUAUGUGGAGUUGAUUUUGCUCGAGUCAAAGGAAUUUCCGGCUGUGGCCAGCAACAUGGAACGGUUUAUUGGUCUCAUGGAAGUGGUGAGAAUCUUCGAAAUUUAAGUCCAGAUAAAUUUUUACAUCAACAAUUAGCUAAUUCUUUUGCAACGUCAAUGUCACCAAUAUGGAUGGAUUCAAGUACACAUGAAGAAUGUAAAAUUAUUGAAGAUGCUAUUGGUGGUGCUGAACAAUUGGCUGAAAUAACUGGAUCAAAAGCUUAUGAAAGAUUUUCUGGGCCUCAAAUAUCAAAAAUAUAUCGUACGAGACCAGAUGUCUAUAAAAAUACAGAGAGAAUAUCAUUGGUGAGUAGUUUUGUCGCCAGUCUGCUUAUCGGUGACUACGCUCCAAUCGAUUGGUCUGAUGGUUCUGGUAUGAAUUUACUUGAUAUUAAAACAAAAAAUUGGUAUGAAAAUAUUUUAGAUAUUUGUGCUCCAAAUUUACGAGAAAAACUUGGUGAAACUGUAUCAUCAUAUAAAAAUCUUGCACCAAUAUCAAAUUAUUAUGUUGAACGUUUUGGUUUUAAUGAAGAUUGUAAAAUUAUUGCUUUUACUGGUGAUAAUCCAGCUUCAUUAAUUGGUAUGAGAUUAAAAAAAAAUGAUUUGGCAUGUAGUUUAGGAACAAGUGAUACAUUAUUUUUGUGGCUUGAUAAACCAAAAAGAUUAACUGAGGGCCACGUGUUUUGUAAUCCAAUUGAUAAUGAUGCAUAUAUGGCUCUUCUCUGCUUUAAAAAUGGAUCAUUGACACGUGAAAGAAUUAGAGACAGUGCUGCAGGUGGUUCAUGGCAAUUAUUUAAUGAAUUAUUAGACAGUACACCUCGUGGUAAUUUUGGAAAUAUGGCAUUAUAUUUUGAUGCUAAAGAAAUUAUUCCAUCACUUAUUGGUGAUCAUAGAUUUAAUAAAGCUGAUGAAAAAAUAUCACGUUAUAGUUCAAAAGAAGUUGAAGUUAGAUCUCUUGUUGAGGGACAAUUUAUUGCUAAAAGAGCUCAUGCUGAAGAUUUUGGAUUUGUCAUUGGUCCAAAUAGUCGAAUUAUUGCAACUGGUGGUGCUUCAACAAAUAAAACUGUACUUCAAGUAUUGUCUGAUGUUUUUAAUUCACCAGUUUAUACCUUGGAAGUGACAAACUCGGCAGUACUUGGUGCUGCUUAUCAAGCUAAACACGCUCUUCAUCGUAAUGAAUUGACAUUCGAGCAAAUAACAAACAGCAUUCCUGAACCUACACUAUUAUGUACACCAUACAAUGAUGCAGAUUCAAUAUAUAAACCAAUGCUUGAACGUUAUAGAAAAAUAAUUGCUAGAUUACUUGAAGAAAAUAGCUAAAAUUUUAUUAAUGAAAACACAGGUUUAAUGCAUUUUUAAAUAAAUUUAAU